AUGGCGACCAACGGCGAGCUCCCAAUCGAACCCCACAAGACCUUCGACACAAUCCUCGUCCUUGACUUUGGCUCCCAAUACUCCCACCUAAUCACCCGGCGUCUCCGCGAGCUCAAUGUCUACUCCGAAAUGCUCCCUUGCACGCAGAAGCUAUCCGAGCUAUCAUGGAAGCCCAAGGGUGUCAUUCUAUCCGGAGGGCCGUAUUCCGUGUAUGAGAAGGGCGCGCCUCACGUCGACCCCGCUGUCUUCGACCUGAACGUCCCGCUACUGGGCAUCUGCUACGGCCUGCAAGAGAUUGCGUGGCACCAUGGGAAGAACGUGCUUGCGGGCGAGAAGCGAGAAUAUGGGCAUGCCUAUCUGGACAUUCAGAGGCAUAAUAGUGGAGCAGGUCACAUCGACGAGCUCUUCAAGGGACUCGAGGACAAUCUGGAGGUGUGGAUGUCGCACGGAGACAAGCUAUCUCACCUUCCUGACUCAUUCGUUACGAUCGCGACAACCUCCAAUGCUCCGUUCGCUGGCAUUGCGCAUACCGAGAAGCCGUACUAUGGCAUACAGUUCCAUCCUGAGGUCACCCAUACGCCGAGAGGUACACAGCUGCUAAAGAAUUUCGCAGUCAACGUCUGCAGAGCGGAGCAGAACUGGACGAUGAGUAAAUUCGUCGACCAGGAGAUUACCCGCAUCAGAAAGCUUGUAGGUGAGAAAGGCCAGGUCAUAGGCGCCGUGAGCGGCGGCGUGGAUUCCACCGUGGCCGCGAAGCUUAUGCAGGAAGCCAUUGGUGAUCGCUUCCAUGCCGUUCUGGUCGACAAUGGCGUCCUGCGCCUUAACGAAGCCCAGAUCGUCAAGGAGACGUUGACGAAGCAUCUCGGAAUCAAUCUGACAGUUGUUGACGCGAGCGAGCGGUUCCUAGGCCUGCUCAAGGGCGUGAAAGAUGAUCCCGAAAGGAAACGGAAGAUCAUUGGCAACACCUUCAUCGAAGUCUUCCAGGAAGAAGCGAAGAAGAUCGCAGAUGCGGCAGCCGGCUCCUCGAAAGCUGGCGAGAUCGAGUGGCUCUUACAAGGCACCUUGUAUCCGGACGUCAUCGAGAGCAUUUCCUUCAAAGGCCCAAGUGCAACGAUCAAGACGCAUCACAAUGUUGGCGGCCUACUUGAGAAUAUGCACCUCAAACUGAUUGAGCCAUUGCGAGAGCUCUUCAAGGACGAGGUCCGCGAACUCGGAACGCAGCUUGGGAUUCCAGAAGACCUGGUUUGGAGGCAUCCGUUCCCAGGCCCUGGCAUUGCGAUCCGGAUCCUGGGAGAGGUCACACCAGAUCAGGUCCGUAUCGCCCGAGAAGCUGACAACAUCUUCAUUGAGGAGAUCAAAGCCGCUGGUCUUUACCGAGAUAUCAGCCAAGCUUUCGCGGCGCUCCUGCCCGUCAAGGCUGUCGGCGUCAUGGGAGACAAGAGGGUGCAUGAUCAGGUCAUUGCUCUCCGUGCUGUGCAAACGACCGACUUUAUGACGGCGGAUUGGUAUCCGUUUGACGGGCAGUUCCUCAAGCGCGUCAGCAGAAGGAUUGUGAAUGAGGUCAAAGGGGUUUGCCGUGUCGUUUAUGACAUUACAAGCAAGCCGCCUGGCACCAUUGAGAUGGAGUGA